AUGAACCCAUUAGAAUAUGCUCAAAUGAAACUUAUUGUUGGAAAAGUUAAUUCUAAACCUAAGAAAGAUACAUUUAAUCUUGAUGAUAAAAAAGAAUGGGAUUGUUUAAAAAGAUCAAGUAAAACUUUUGAGGCAUGUCAACAAGGUGCUCUUUUAGGAGUAUUUUCAUUACUUGGAAUGAAAUUAGAAAUUGAAAAAGUUUAUAAAAAAUCAACUAAAACAUCUCCUUUACUUAAUGUUCGUUAUGUUAGUCUUAAUAAUGAAAGAAUAGAUAUUCAUAACAAUGUUCAAUCUGAAUUAGAUACAGCUAAACAACGUUGUGAUUCAGAUAAAAAAUGGGCUUCUCGUUUAAUUAAAAGAUCUAUGGAUGCUAUUGCUUUUGGUAAAUUAUUAGAAGUUGCAGAAAAAGCAUCUAUUCAAUGUCAAAUGAAAAAAACAAGAAAAGCUGAAUUUACUGUUGUAAUGCAAAAAGUAAAAUCAAUUUCAACAAUUAUUAAUGGAUUUUCUUAUCUUCUUGAUAAAGAACAUAUUAGAGAUUUUGGUUUAGCUGUAAAUCAUUAUAUUGUUCAAAAAAUGGCAGGUUCAAAUAGAAAAACUUGUCUUUCUGAAAGAAUUAUUUAUGUACAACCAAAUGAUUUUACUAUAUUACAAUUAUUUAAAAAAUAUGUAAUGAAAACUUUUAAUAAAUUAAGUGCUUUUACUCCUGUUAAAAGUGAAUUAUUAGAAUAUGAUGGUUCUUGUUUAGAAGUAAAAAGUCUUUGUAUUGAUUCAUCAAAUACUUCUGAUGAUAUUCAUAAAUUUUCUUUCACUUGUCAUAUAUAA